AUGGGCGGCGUCGAAGAAGCGGAUGUGGUUGCUGUGUUGUUUGGCGGGUGGAAAGGCGAGGGAGUGGAAGAAGAAGUCGAGGAAGUCGAGGAAGUCGAAGAGAAGUCGAGGAGGCGGACGAGACGAGACAGCGAAGAGAGACAACAAGAGAGACAGCGAGGUAGAGAGAGCGAGAUAGAGAGAGAUGGAAGAGAUGGAGCAGAGGCAGCGAUGCUUAAUAAAAAGAGAGAGAGAGAGAGACAAGCGUAUGCGAAGUAA